CCUGUUUGUCCCUCCCUACACCUACCUACCUCAUCACAACCACCUCUUAGCCUUGGAAUAGCUUAAUUUUCAUUUAUCUAUCUAUCUAUCUGCGAUUCCGGUACCAACAUGACGACGGAAGAAGUAGACGUAGACGAUGUUGCUUCUGGUCUCUCAGAGACGGUCUAUUGCCAAGAGGAAUCACAAGAGGAAGUGCCUGCUUGUGCUAGCAUCCGCAAUGGAUCUUGUGCCGAUAUCGCCGAGGAAGGCAAAAUAGGCAAUGCAAAAGACGAUCAGAAGGCUAAUGCUUGUAUCACUUCUCAUGAUCAGACGGAGUUUCCUGACGCAGCCAGCGCCUCUCCUGACCAUCAAGCCAAUGGUGGUCCAAGCUACCCCCAAAAGACGACGGCCCAGGCCACGCUGGACCAUGCCGGCACUGACGACGAGAAGGCUUCUUACAAGGCAACGCAGCACGAACACGAGCUCCAAGAUACCCUCCAGAAGAACCAGAAGCGGGGCAAAGAGCAGAGCCCUGCCAUCACCAGAGUGAACCAAAAUGGUGACAACGCACUCACCGACUUGUUUGUCAGCGAAGUUCAACCUUUGCCCACAACGUCCGCUGCCUCUCGUCCCAGAGGCCCGGGGGCCCACGCUAUGCCGGGCAGUUCGUCUCCUCCUCCCAUGCUCUUGUUGAGAGCUCAAGAAUCGCUUCAGUCGCAGCAAAGGACCCAAACGACCGUGGUGGAGGAGCAAGAGAGUGUCAUUCAUGAUGUACAAGUCGUAGAUGCCGUGCAGGAUUCGGCACACUUUUCCGUUCAUGCUUCGGGGAUGUUUGGCUGCGACGACCCCAGUAGUACCCACUUUACAGAUCUCGAGAACGGAGGAAUGAGACCCUUUGCGGAAGAAGAAGUGAUUGACGCCAAGAUCCUCCAUGGCAAACACGACGAAGAAGAACCCCAAGGAUCCUGGAAGGCGUGGUUAUGGAUGUUCGCCGCCUUCUUGCUGCUGCUGAUUGUGCUGAUUGUGACGCUGGUGGUGGUGGUCCCCGGAUGCAGGCACAGCGACAGCACCAGUCCUGAAGCCUCGCCUUGGAGCCAAGGUCCUGGCGCUCCUCCUCAAGACUGUCCUGUCAAACCACCCUUUCAAGAAGGCAUUCCCCUUGCCACUGUCCGGUUCCUUUCCGAUCCCAAGCAUCCCCAUUGUUUUGCCAACAACUGGGUGCUGAAUGACCCUCAUUUUGAUAGCUACUCUCCGGAACGCAGACUUCAACGCUUCCACCUGGCUUCCUUUUACUAUUCUACCAACGGAAACAACUGGUAUCGAAAUGAUCACUGGUUGAGCUAUCAAGUCUCGGAAUGCGAGUGGUUCUCACAGAGCCACAACCCCAGCAUUCCCCAGUACGAUGAGCACUAUGACAUUUGCGAUGAAGAGUCCAACUUGCUCAAGCUCAACUUGGCCUCCAACAACCUCCAAGGCACAUUUCCAUUGGUCAAGAACUUUGUCGCCACUCUCCGGACCUAUGAUAUCAGUGACAACAACAUUCAUGGUGCUGUGCCCACCGCUGCCAGUCCCAACGUGGAGGUCUUUAUCAUUUCGCGAAAUCACUUUGAAGGACCGCUCGUCGGAGAAGGCGGGUUUGCAGCCUUUGAUGUCCGAGUGGUCAAACUGGAUGGAAACAAGUUGUAUGGCUACCAUGCACCUCUCUACUCCGUGCUCCCUCACCUGGAGGUUGUCAACAUUACUGAUAACCUUUUCUCCGGCGAGAUUCCUGCGACAGUGGGGUCCUGCAAGAACCUGACCUACUUUGGUUACGGGUACAACGACUUUGAAGGCACCAUCCCAUCCCAGCUGGCCACUCUCCCCAAGCUGCUGGAAAUUGAUGUCGCAGGCAAUCAGGCAUUGACAGGAUCCAUACCAGAAGAGUUGGGAGAUCUGAGUCACUUGUCUCGUUUGGAUGUGUCCGAUACAGCUGUCACGGGCAAUGUGCCAGAGUCCUUGUGUGGUGCUGUCCAAGAGGGGUUCACAGAAAUCCAUGCAGACUGCACCCUUGUAGGCUGCUGCCAGUAAGCGAGCUAUUGGCAAUAUCUUCACAACUAAUGUUACAACUAAUGUAUUAAGUUUCGUUACGAUUCUA